GCACAAAGGCACACAAGCCCAACUGGAAUCACACACGCUAAGUACGAGUAGUUCGUGGCAAUAAAUACGAGCUACCUAAGGUAGGUAGUAAAUGAUCCGGGCUUGGGCUGUGCAGAGUAUCCGUAGUGAGAGUACUGAGGGCGUGAAGAAGGCGGUGUGCGAAAUUCAUCAUCUAUUUACAUCUCUUGAACCCCUCCUUUCUCUUCCUCGAUAGCUAAGGUGUCUUUAUAGUACUACGCACGACCACUUCCCCCUGCAUUGAUUUCUUGCUGCUUGAACUUGGUUGCUUUUAUCCAUCAUGGCGUCCAACGACAAGUUGAUUUCUUGGGAAGACUACCAGGGUUGUCUUACCGCCUACUUUGAGUGGGCAGAAAGCUAUGAUUCCAAGGACUGGGAACGCCUGCGAAAAUGCGUUGCCCCCACCGUCCGAAUCGACUACCGCUCCUUCUUGAACAAGCUCUGGGAGGCCAUGCCGCUCGACGAUUUCAUCAAGAUGAUUUCGGAUCCCAAGGUCCUCGGCGACCCUCUUCUGAUGACCCAGCAUUUCUGCGGUGCCUCGAAAUGGGAGAAGGUCAGCGAUACUGAAAUCAUCGGUCACCACCAACUGCGAGUGCCUCACCAGAAAUACACCGAUGCUUCACGCACCAAGAUCAAGGUCAAGGGUCACGCCCACUCAUACAACAUGCACUGGUACAAGAAGAUUGAUGGAGUCUGGAAAUUCGCCGGUCUCAACCCGGAUAUCAGAUGGGGCGAGUAUGACUUUGACAAAGUCUUCGCCGAGGGUCGUGAGGAACUUGGUGAAGAGGAGGCCAAGAAGGUUGCACAGGAAGCCCAGGGCAUUCCCACUUCAUGAAAGGAAUGCUCCUGCACAUUUUAAGAGUUUGGACAUCUGGACAUAUAGGACAACAGUGACGAUGGGUUCGAUUGGAUAGGCCACGGUAAACCCGACGGCUCGACUCGAAGUUAGACGCUGUUCAAUAUGACAAGUCUGAAGACUUUACAAUCCGUCAGCUCUUCGGCCCGCCCUGGUAAGGCUGCCUGCCUGUCUAUUCUUAGAAUUCUGCAAAGUGCCCGGGACGUACGUGUUCCAGGACGAAGCACUCUGCGACGAUAUCACCGGUAGAGGACCAAAUUACG